AUGAGGGAUCCUGCUGUACCUAGGGGUUCUGCUGGAAGUAUUCCACACACGGGUGACCGUCGCGUUGAACUUCGUACCGUACUACCAGAAAUGGACUCAGGACGUCGCCUAUCCAAAUACGAAACGUUGCAAAUGGCUCAGCAAUACAUUGCCUGUCUUAAGGAGAUACUUGAUGAAAACGCUACUAAAAAGGAAACUGAGAACUGA